AUGUUUCUCUUCUUUUCACUGUUACUGCUCGCAACGCUUGGUUUCUCCUCUCCUACUUUUCGCAAAAGAGUUGUCACUUCUCUUGAUCAAACUGCUUUCGAAGAAGCCCAACAACGGGAUGAAACUGCAACGAGGGCUUUCUCGUCCGUUCCUAUUACAGUGGCUGCCUGUGAUGGCAGUAACGGGCAGCUUUGGGAUGUCCUUACGAGUGGGAAGCACAAUGAUGUGGCAGGUAGCAUGUUGGUUGUAAAUACAUUGGCUUGCUUGAAUUUUGAUCCUCGUCGUGCGGCAGGUAAUACUGUCAUCAUGUUUUCGUGCGGUGGUCGGGCUGAUGGAGGUACCUGUUUAUCUGCUACGACCGCAAACGUUCUCGAUGAAGCGCCUUGUGAUGAAAGUGAUUUUAGCCAAACAUUUACUUUUGGCGCUUCAAACACUUCCGCUGAUGCAGCAGCCGCCAGCUCUGUUGCUCCAGCAGCUUCAGAUGUAGCAGGAAUUCCAGCUUCGACAGCCUUAGUAACCCCGGCAGCCGCCAGCUCUAUUGCUUCAGCAGCUUCAGAUGCAGCAGCCAUUCCAGCUUCAACAGCCUUAGUAACUCCAGCAGCUAUCUCUUCGUUAUCUUCUCCUAGUUCAAUAGCUGUCACCGCGGCUACCGCCACUGUUCCCACAGGCGACCCAACGGCUCCUCUCCCAGUGACCCGUGCCGGAGGUGUGCUUGAUCCUUCAGCCGCUGCAGAAGCUAAUGCACUAGACAAUACUGCUGUAAAAGCCUUCUCGUCUGCCGCGUUGAAAGAUGCAUCUGGACAAUGUCUAUUCGUUGAUCCAACUGCAGGUGACUUUAGACAGAACCUGAUUCCAAUUACUCUACAAGCAUGUGAUGGAAGCCAAUAUCAAGCAUGGGACAUCGUUACAAGUGGGAAGCAUAACAAUGUUGCUAAUUCAGUGCUUGUGGUUAGCAGCUUAACUCAAGGAUGUCUUAACUUUGACCCGAGAAGACCUGCUGGCGACACAGUUAUUAUGUUCUCUUGUGGAGGAAGAGCUGAUGGCGAUGGUCUAGUAACAAACUCACAACUUUUCCCUUUUAUCGAAAAAGGCCAAACAAACAUUUUACUUGCCCCUGUAAAUGGGAAUAAUUCAACUUGUCUUGCGGCUAACGCUGCUGGGAAAUUGGAUUCUACUACUUGUAGUGAUGAUAAGGCUAGUCAAUCGUUCACUAUUGUUACGACAGAUUAG